GACUAUUGACUGUAUGAAUUUAAUUCUGCCAUCAGAGGAAAAAAGGCUUGAUGCGGCGCAAAUUGAAGAUAUUUUUAAUAAACAUUUAUUAAUUCAUCGAGAAUUUACCGUCUUAUUCAGCUCAGUUAAGGUAAGGGAGUAAGUUAACCCUACGGCCGUUUAAAAAGUGAUUAUUUAUUAUGUUCUUAUAUAUUUCCUCCUAUAUAACAGCCAUGUUGAAGUAGUGUUGAUUUUACUAAGUUUUCGUCGGUUUAUUGUUUAUAUAGAAAGUUAAAAGUUGUCCACAAGUAAUGUGACAGACCCAGUUUUGUUUGUGUUGUGAUUACAAAGUUGAAAAGUCUUUACAAAAUGAAAAGUGUUAUAAAGUGCUUCCAAUUUUGGCGUCGAGGCGUCAUCAUUAAGGUAAGGCUGGAUGUGUCUACAAUAUCCAUCAGAACGUAGUUCUUACUAAAAAGUUCACCUUAUUCUAUCGGAAUAAAAUUUCUGAGUAACGAAAUUAAAAGAGACUAUUGGUAGGGAUAGAACUUUUUAAAGCCCAGAUGUUUAUAAGGUGGCAGCAAUAUAAUAUUUUACACUUCGUAUUCAUUAUGAAUUGUUAUAUUCUUAAACUGAUAUGUACGUUUUUGUUAUAAGCAGGUAUAAUAAUUAUUACAUUUAUUUAUUAUUUUGUUUUGCCCUAAAGGUAAGGCUAACAAUUUAUAUAUUAUAUAUUUAAAUAUAUAUACAUAUAUAUAUUUAUAUUUAAGUUCAAUAUAUUUUGUCAUAUUAAUAAAUAUAGAGUGCUUAUUGGGAGUCUCUACCUAGUCAAGCAUUGAAUUAAGAAUGCUAUAUACGAUUUACAGAAAUGGAUUCUGAAGAUUCUCGUGAUGCCACUGGAGAUGGCCGUUCAUCAUCCAGCAGUAGUAGCUCAAGUUCCAGGAGUCGCCGUAGUUCAUCAUCAGAUAGUUUUAAAAAGAAUCCCAAGUCCCCACCUCAAAGACCCAAAUCUCCAAAAUCUAAUGGACCCCGUUUCCACUCCCCAGGGAGUCACUCUCAAUCACCUCACAGAAGUUCUGACAAAGCCCCACAGUCACAAGAUAACUUAAGUGGUGCACAUUCAGACAUUAAUUCACCAGAGAAUUCAAUGCCUGCUUCUCCUUUUGGGCCAAAAUCUCCUGAUGCCCCUAAGUCUCCAAGUGAAGUGGGUUCCAAUAUAGGAUCUCCCGAACAACCUGAGCACUAUUCAUCCAAUCGUUCAGGAGGUGAGGGUCCUAAAACUCCUCAAUCUCCUGCUAGUUCAGUAAAAUCUGCUCCAGGUUCACCAACUAGUAGAUCCCAACCAAUAUCACCCGACUCAGCAUCCCAAAUCACAAGUCCAUCUAGAUAUCGUGAUUCUUGGUCGCCUUCCUACAAUAAUCGUAGAGCAUCUCCUCAUUCCUCCCCUACUGCUUCUCCUGUUAAGAAAAAUGACUGGAGUCCUAAAGAGAAUUGGCGACGGCAUACAAAGGCAGAACAGAAAAUGGUUCCCACUCCAAGAAAUAGAAGUAGGUCGGAUUCAAGUCGAUCCAGUCAAAGUUCAUCAUACAAUAAGAGAACAAACACUAAAGAUCCCGCCACUGAAGAAAUAUCUGACGGGGAAAUGGAAUCGGAUCAAGAGGACAAUAAGUCCAGACGCAAGUCUCCGAGCAGCGAGAAACAUGAAAAAGAGAAUAAUAUCAGUCAUGAAGAUUUAAGUGAUGUGUCAGACGAGGACUCCGACACACAAGAUGACAAUAAAGACAUGAAGACCAAACCAAACCCCCCAUCCACUGAUAAGAAAAAUGAAAUUUUUAAUGGUAAUGAUGGUGAAAUUUCACAGCUGUCUUCUAUUUGGAGGGUGGAAAGAAUGCUAAAAAAACAGAAAAGUAAGGUGUCACAAGAAAAAACAAACAAUACAGAAGACGGCGAGGAACAGUUGGACUUUGAAGCUGAAGAAGGAGAGUGUAUUGAAACGACAAAGACAAAAGAUCAAUCUAACGGGGAUGUUGAUAGUCAGAGCAAUGAGAAAGAGGAAGUGAAAGCGGGUCGUAGAUCGCGAGGUUCUUCUCUAGAAGAGGGCGAGGUGUCUGACGAGGCAGAGCGUCGGCCCGAGGAGAGUGAACCGCGACCGGUCUGCAGAUUCUUCUCACGGGGCGCCUGCACCUGGGGAGUCAGCUGCAGGUUCCUGCAUCCCGGUGUAACGGACAAAGGUAACUACAACAUGUUUGAUGUGGUCCGAGGUGUACCCAGUGGAACCAUUCCCGCGCCGAGGGACUCCGCCCCGCCAGAGUCGGCCUGGGAACGGGGAUUGCGGACUGCCAAAGAAAUGGUGAGAAUAGCAAACAAGCGGAAGGAACAAGACAUGGACUUCGAGGAGAAGAAGCUUCACCUCUCGGUCGGGGGCGUCGUCCAUGAUCCUGACGCGGAGCUCGCGUACGCCGCGGCCGCCGUGGGUGCUUCGCCCCCUCAUGACCUACCAGCCACACACAGAGACCCGGAAAUGUACAGAUCCCCGUAUGGUGUGAUGUACCGCGGAAGGUUCCCUCGUCCGCCGGUGGACGAGAGGUUCUACGAGCGGGAGCGAGGCUACGAGCGGGAGAGGGUCUACGAGCGACCUCCCUACUACGAGGACAUGCCUGUUCCUGACGAUAUGACGUAUCACAAGCGACGGGUCCGGUCAUCCCGAGAGGUGAUCGUCCAGCGGGCGGAGGUGGAGCGGCGUGAGGGACGGGCCCGCGAAGCGCGGGACGGACGGGACGCUCGGGACGGAAGGGAAGCGCGGGACGGGCGAGGGGACGAGUGGGCCGACCCAUGGAUGAGGGCCGAGCCCGCCGCCAGGAGACGACGACCGCCUUCAUCCGAGGACUCGUACUCCUCCUCCAGCUCUUCAAAUUCCAGUUCGCGUAGUUCAGGCAGUCCUGGCGCGAGGCGUAAAAGAAGAGCAUCAUCAUCAUCGCGACAAAGAUUAUCACCGUCGGUGAUAGUACGCGAGCGACGUCUGGCGACCGCUCGUGCUACGGCUAUGAACCCGCCCGCUCCUCGCAGACGUGCGCCCUCGCCGGCCGCCGCUCGCCAACUGGCCGUCAACCCGCCGCCGCCGGUUCCACACAGACAUAAGGAUGAGCUGGAUCCGUACGGUCGUAACAAAUUAUCGAAUCGCAGUAGAAAUAGAAAGAAAUAUUCAAGAUCGUCGUCUUCGGGGUCAGAGUCAUCGUCAUCGUCAAGUGAAUCUGAGAGUGAGUCGCGAUCGUCUUCGACUUCUGGAAGUUCUGGGACAAGACGCGCACGACACGCUCGACUGUUGAAUGCAGCGGCCAGACCGAGGAUGAACGCUAAGCCUAAUUCAGGAUUACCUGCAGCAGUGUCGACGGUGACAAGCAAAAAGGAAGCUUCAAGUGACAAAGAAAUAACGGGUAAAAAACGAUCAGCCACGUCACCGGUGGGUGGAGCGCCGGCCAAGAAAUCUGUGUCUAGAAGGGAAGAGCUGUUGAAACAGCUGAAGGCUGUCGAGGACGCCAUCGCCAGGAAAAGAUCCAAGAUAUAGCACAAGGAAUACCUCUUCAUGGAGUUAUUCGGAUGCUCACGUAAUAUCGCUUAAGGCUUUCAAGGGCAUUUAUACAAUUAGUUGGUUUAUGGGUUCGUAAAUGUUCUCGCCUUCCGACACGGCGUGCAUGUAGCUCGUGUACACGUACACGUACGUGAGGCAUUCAAUGUACGUUUGAAAUGUAUUACUUCGUAAAACAUUAGAAUCAAUGAACGUAGGCUUUAAGUAAUGUUAGAUAAAUAAAGCGAAAACCUCGUUUUCACAUGUUGCUGUAUAAACUAAUUUUAUUUUUUAAUAGAUAUGACAGAUGCAGAUUUAGCUUAGUGUUUGUUGUACGUAUCAUUAUGUAACAGACCGGAUGUUAGGCUCCGGAUCGAAACAAAUACUGUGACAUUUGAGAGAAAAAGAUAAAAAAAUCAUUAUUUUGAA